UUGCCCACCGAACUCCUCCACGAGAUCCUUUCCUACGUUCUCGGCCAGCCUCCCAAUAGCGGCUUCUCUCGCGCUGAUGCCGCGAACAGCCGAGGCCUUAUCCUCGACGACUACUAUUCUUCAUCCCAUCGGCUGGAGAUCCUGGUCACCUGCGUCCAAUUUCACGAUGACUUCAGCGCGCUUGCUUUCCGAAAAACAACAUUCGUUGUUAGAGAUAUAUACUCUACGCUUGGGACCUUGCUCCGGCGCGUCGAGCAACAUCACGUCCGCCAGAUACGCAAAAUUGCUCGCGUGGCCACCUCACGCCAGCUCCAGGACAUGGUACACUGGGCUCGUUGGCCCUUCAACAUCCAGGCCCUAGACCUAGACGAGCUCACCAUCGUCUUUCACCGUUCUGCGCACUGGCACUACCCCUCGGACCACACGGCGGCCAUGGUCGCACUACUACGCCGCCUGCGGAACGUUCGGAUUCUCAAAUUCGUGCUGAAUGCUGCCCAUGUGAAGGGGUCUUUUCGCACGUGGUAUAAUCGGCUCAUCGGGCUUAUGCUCAAGGAAGAUCAUUAUCAGCGGUACGAUGCGCCGAAUGCUCCCAACGUCGAAGCUACGUGGUGGGAGUGGAGCUACAGCGAAGAUGAGAUGUCUUUUCAAUUGGUCGCGCGGGAACCCAAGCCCAUAGUAUCUGAAGAGGAGUAUAUGAACUUUGCGGCACCCAUGGUCAGAAGGUUGAUGGAGGACAUGGCAUUGGAAGAGGAGGAUCCUGAUCCAAGGGUCAGGAACGGAGCAUGA